CACAACCCUCCAUCUAUAUUUGUAAAUACAUUAUUUCAUUAUUUUCUCAAUCCCUCGUAUCUCUAUAUAAAUAAGGGAGUUUCUUCAUAAUGAAUACACAAGGAAAAUCACGGAGCAUUCCUUCGUCUUCCUCUCAUUCUUUUGGUUCUAACUAUGAGACGAGGCCAUCCAUCUUAGCAACUAAUUAAAUUAUAGUUUUGUAAAACCAAGUUUUAUUUUUUCCCAAUAUUUCACUAAAAUAAUGUAACAUAUUUCAAAUCAAUAAGCUUAUGCUUAGUAGAUUCCAUCUAUAAUUGAAAUGUUGGUGUAAUUUACAUUCUACUCAUGGUGAUGCUGGCAAUCUUCUUCUUCUUCUUCGAUGCAUUGGGAAACCAAAUCAGUCCCCACUUGUAAAGUUCAAAACUUUUUGUAGUUUAUCAGUUUGGAACUUUCAACCAUGCACACAAAUUUCUCUUCUUCUUCUCAUCAUUCAAUCAUUUCUCUGUUCUCCACUUCUAAUUAAUGGAAACCCAUCUUCUGCCCCUGUUUUUUCUUCUCAUUUUCUUCUCAUUCUUCCUCUGCUGUCCGGCCAAGCGCUGCCCGGACUGCGGCCGCACGCCGGUGCCGUACCCACUCAGCACGCGCCCAGAUUGUGGCGACCCUCUUUACAGAGUCCGGUGCGCCGCCGCCGAACUCUGGUUCGAUUCCGUCAAUGGGUCUUCCUAUUUGAUCACUUCCGUUAAUCCGAUGGCCCAGAGGCUGAUCGUCCGGCCGCCGGGGUUGGUAAAAAACACCUGCGUUUCAUCGGAUUUUGGGACCCAUGGUUUUUGGCUGGACACGCGUCUUCCUUUCACCAUUUCCAAUAGAAACACGGUUUUGCUCUACAACUGUUCGAUCGAAGUCCUCGAAAAUAAUUGGAAUUGUUCAUCUAAUAGCUUCUGUCAUGACUUUAUCAGGCAGAAUCCGGUGGCAAUGGCAACGUGUAAGGCGGCGCCGACGUGCUGUUGGUACACGAGUGGCGGUUCUAUGACUGCGUAUAGAAUCAGGGUGCGAAAGGAGCGGUGUUCGGCUUAUGAAUGUUUUGUGAAUUUGGGUGGUUCUAUUCCGGCGAAAAAGUGGCCGGAACCUGGGGUGGAAAUUCAAUGGACACCACCGCGAGAGCCGCCGUGUCGUGUGGCUAUGGACUGCCGGAAUUGGGAGAAUUCUGCUUGUUUGCCGGACCCUGCAAACGCCAAGCAGAGGAGGUGCUUAUGCAAGGUGCCUUUCAAGUGGGACCCUAUAAAUGGCUUGUGCAAUGGCAACAAUUUGAAAAUACAGAACAAGAUAACUCACAAGAGGCACAAGAAGAUGCCUGUUAUUCUUGGAGGAGCAAUGGCAGGAGUAUUUGUAAUGGUGAUUGGAGGUUCAAUAAUGUUUAUAAUUUCCAAAAGACGUCAAAAGAUUCCGAAAGGAAACGAAGUGAGUUCGAAACAAGUUCGUGAAGUGAUUCUAACUGCCAACAGCAGUGGCAAAUCGGCGAGGAUGUUCACAACUAAAGAGAUAGCAAAGGCCACAAACAACUUCUCCAAAGAGAAUUUGCUUGGCUCUGGUGGGUAUGGGGAGGUCUUCAAAGGCAACCUGGAAGAUGGAACCUUAAUAGCUGUUAAACGUGCCAAGUUGGGUAGCAUGAAGGGCAUCGAUCAAAUCCUGAACGAGGUUCGGAUUCUAUGUCAGGUGAACCAUCGAUACCUCGUUCGUCUACUCGGAUGUUGUCUCGAACUAGAGCAACCUCUCUUAAUAUAUGAGUACAUCUCGAAUGGGAACCUAUUUGAUCACCUUCAUGGGAGUACAAGUUCAAGCAAAUGGCCACCAUUGACAUUGAGUCGUCGACUCUACAUUGCUCGGCAAACAGCCGAGGGCCUUGCUUAUCUCCACACUUCAGCCAUGCCGAGAAUCUAUCACCGAGACAUAAAGUCGAGCAAUAUUCUACUAGACGAGAAGUUGAAUGCUAAAGUAGCUGAUUUUGGGCUGUCUAGAUUGGCUAUAACUGAAUCAAGCCAUAUUACAACUGGGGCUCAGGGAACAUUAGGUUAUCUAGACCCAGAAUAUUACCUUAACUUUCAAUUGACAGACAAGAGUGAUGUUUACAGUUUUGGAGUUGUCAUGUUGGAGCUAUUGACUUCUGAGAAAGCCAUUGAUUUUAAUAGAGAGGAGGAAGAUGUAAAUUUAGUAGUCUAUAUCAAGAAGAUCAUCCAAGAAGACAGAUUGCUGGAGGUUGUUGAUCCUGUGAUAAAACAGAGAGCAAGCAGAGUUGAAAUUGAGAUAAUCGAGGCAUUAGGGUCUUUAGCAGCAGCUUGCUUGGAUGAAAAGAGGCAGAAUAGACCUGCCAUGAAAGAAGUUGCUGAUGAGCUAGCCAACAUUAUUUCCAUUCUUAAUAAUGAGGUGAGAAAUGUUGAAUAACUGUAAUACUAUUUGAAUGAAAUUUUGUCUGUGUCCUAUAUAAAAGAAAAGAAAAAGGAAAAAAGAGGCAAACCAUCCUUCCUUCAUAGACAUGUAUUACUUAGAAUUCUUCAAAUGAAAAACUUCAGUAUUUCCAGCUUUAAGUUAUUAAGGCCAACCUUAGCUUGAAUUAUCAGAAACUCGUAAUGUUCAUAUUUCAACCCUUUUCUAAUUUUUGUUUUUUAAAAAAUUAACAGUGAAUUGAACAAGAUCUUCUUCAAUUCUAACACUAGAUUCAAAGAAUCAAAUCUAAUCAGAUCAAACCUUAGAAUAGAAGAUUGUGAUUGUUGACCCUGCUGCACAACUUAUAACUGCCACUAAGAGAUGGACAACUGUACAAAGAAUCCUAGGAAACAUGGUCUCAGGUCCUAAGUAUUUGUGCAAA